AUGCAAACUCCUGACCUCCUAAACGAAUCCCUGGGUGAUCUAGACCUUCUACCCAUCCUCAUUCUUGGUGAUCUUGACCUCAUUCUUGGUGAUCUUGACCUCAUUCUUGGUGAUCUUGACCUCAUUCUUGGUGAUCUUGACCUCAUUCUUGGUGAUCUUGACCUCAUUCUUGGUGAUCUUGACCUCAUUCUUGGUGAUCUUGACCUCAUUCUAGGUGACCUGGAUCUCAUUCUAGGUGACCUGGACCUUCUAGCUGCAGGUCUCGUUUUUGGAGAUCUUGAUCUAACAUGUGAAGAUCUCCCAGACGACUGUGACCUUGAGGUUCUUCUAUUUCUAGAUGAUACUCUCUUCCUAGGUGACCCAGAUCUCCUUCGUGGUGACCUAGAUUUCCUUCUUGACGAUCUAGAUUUUCUCCUGGGUGACCUAGAUCUUCUCCUGGGAGACCUGGAUCUUUUUCUAGCAGACCUGGAUCUCUUCCUACGAGAUCUAGACCUUGACCUUCGUCUUAGUGACCUUCUGGGCGACGCAGAUUUUCGACCAGCUGGUCUUGAGGACGAACUACGUUUUCUUUUGUGA